AUGCCACAUUCUGGAACUCAAAAAUGCACGAUUUCUUCCCUCAGAUGCGAAAAAGAACAGCUCGAGAAGGUGCUAGAAGGCAAGUCUCCCUCUAUUUUCACAUUCAAACACGUUGAUCUACAAUCGCAUCCUCCAGGCCUCCGGAAGGAUGCUGACACGUUGCAUCAAAACCAUGUCCAAGAGCAAAUUCCAUGGCCACAGGGUCACGCAGAUCGUCUCAAUCAUGGCUUCUGUCUGAUGGAGGAAAUGAGCAUUACGAAAGAAGAUAUGAACACUGAAUCCGUUCGAUCUGCCCUACACGCAAAUAUCGGGGGGCCAUACCUUAAAGGCAUGAUAAGAUACAAUGCCAUCGACAUUGAAACGCUCAAAAUAGUUCAAGAUGAAAUCCUUAUUGAGCAUGCCUGGAUCAAACAGAAUUAUGAAGAAAGCUGGCCUAUUCCAGCGCUAAUCAAGACAGCGAUAGAGAAUUGUGAAAAUGUUAAAUGGAUCCCAGGACUACAGUGCAUAGCUCCUCGUGUGUCCCAGAAUAAUACUGCUAUAGACAAUGUCGCCAUCGAGAGUGACACUGAACUGGGCAACCAUGGAAAUGACCCCACCAAAUCAGACGAAGAAUCGGACGACAGCUGCACUAAAUUUGAUGGGGGCCACACUGAAUCAGACGAUGACCAAAUCGAAUCAGAUGAUUACCAUGCUAAGGCUGUGGGAAACCAAGGGAUUACUGGAAAAGCACGAGGGAAAGGGACGACGAGGAUAGGGUCAUCCGCGACCAGUCUGACGAGACAUCACACCCAAGACAACCAUCGGGCCAAGAAAUGCAAAGUUCCAUCAAGAAUCCGCUUGCAUCUCCCUUCAAAGAACAAAUACAUUGAUGAUGCUCUCACGGAUGAAGACAUCGAUCCUCUUCCUAAGCGCAAGUAA